AUGAAGGUUGUAACAGACAAUUCAAUGUUGUUCUUUCUGGAAAUAAAGAAAAAAGUUGCUGCAAAAAUAACAGACUUACCAUUGUGUGCCACUAUAGUUCAAGAAUCAAGCAAUGAAAAUGACAUUCUUCUACUAGCAAAUCAGAAAGCUACAGCAGAAGAAAUGGAGGUGGGGACAUUAUUAAUGCAAGCAAAUCAAGCUUCCAUCAAUGAACAAAUGUUACUUGAAGAAGGAAUGUCAAGCACAACAAAUGAGGGCAUAAAUGAGUCAUACAUACCUCAUUUUGCUGAAGAAGUAGCUGAUUUCAUAAUUGAGGACAAUACAAAAAGAAAAAAGAAGUUGGAGAAAAUCCAACUAGUAAUAUCUGAUUACAGAGUCAACACAAUAGAGCAAGGGAAAAUUUACAAGGAUAAGAACACAAUCAAAUCAGCUCUUAGCUACUAUGCAAUGCUGCAUAACUUCCAGUUCAAAACAAAAAGAUCAGAACCUAGAGAGUACCUAGUUACUUGCGCAGAUGAAACAUGCAACUGGUUGGUGAGAGCAUCUAAGUACAGAAAUCAAGAUUUAUUCAAGGUACGGAAAUGCAAUCCAAAUCACACUUGCUCUGUUGAAAUUGUUUUGGAAGACCAUAGGCAAGCAAAAAGCAUUGUAGUUGGAGAAUUAAUAAAGAAUAAGUACAAGUCAAUCAAAAGAAAUUACACUCCAAAUGAUAUCAUGAAUGAUGACUUCGGAGUAACUAUGGGAUACACAAAAGCAUGGAGAUCAAGAGAGAAAGCUUUGCGUCUAGUAAGAGGGAACCCCGAUGAUUCAUAUCAAAAGCUGCCAAUAUAUCUUUACAUGUUGAAGCAAGCAAAUCCAGGAACAAUAACACACCUACUCACAGACAAGGAAGAUAGAUUCAAAUACCCAUACAUAUCUUUCUCUAACGCAAUCAAGGGUUGGAAAUGCUUGAGGCCUAUAAUUGUUGUUGAUGGAACUUUCUUGAAAAAUGCACAUGGUGGUACCCUAUUUUCAGCAUCAACGUUAGAUUCAAACAACAACAUUUUCGUGUUGGCUUUUGGAAUAGAAGACUCUGAAAAUGAUAACUCAUGGCUUUGGUUCUUCUCCAAACUGAGAGACACCUAUGGAGAACCCGAAGGAUUGGCUAUAGUUUCUGACAGACAUAAGAGCAUAGACAAUGCAGUACAUAUGGUGUACCCAAAUGCUUUCCAUGGAGCUUGCAUGUUUCACUUGCUCAAUAAUUUGAAAAGCAAGUAUGGGAGCCAUGGAGAAGAGCUACAAAUGAAAUUCAUUGCAGUAGCAAAAGCAUACACAAAACACAGAAUGUGA